GAGGAGACGCGGGUCGGCGCCGUGACCUCAGGGGUGUCCCGCCCCCUCUCCAUCAGCUCUAUCGCCUCCUCGUCCUCAUCCUCUUCCGGAACCAGCAGCUGCUCCGGCGGUGCAGGACGCCGAUUGGGCGCUGCCCCCAAGUCUUCUGCGUACCUGGCGUCUAUUGAAUCCUUGGAGGACGACAGCGACGACCCAGAGAGUGGUGGCAGCGGCGGCAAACAACGCCUACAUCAUCAGAAACCUCUUAGUAGCCGUGCCGAACGGCUGAAGGGCGGCAGUGGUGGAUCUCAAGGGUCAGGGGACAGCGGAGUAUGUAGUCCCUGCAGCUACAUCUCCUCCCCAUGUCCUCCUGCAGGACGACCUCGCUACUGCGAUCCUCACCUCAGUUACAUGGACCGCGUCGUCAUGGAGAUCGUGGAGACAGAAUGCGUAUACGUCAGAGAUCUCCAGCAAGUCAUCGAGGGCUACUUGGAGGUUUGGCGAGAAACUCCCAACUGCCCACUCUCUGACAAGCAGCUUACUGAUUUAUUCAACAAUAUUGAAGACAUCUACAAGUUCAACAGCGAGUUUCUUGGUGAGCUGGAGCAGUGCGGACUGGAUCCGGUUCCUGUGGCACAAUCCUUCGUGAGGAACAAUACAGGUUUUUCCAUCUACACGCAGUACUGCACCAAUUACCCAAGGACUGUGUCGGUACUCACAGAGCUCAUGAGGCAGGAGGCGACGGUCCGGUUGUUCCGAGAGAGGCAAACAGCGUUACAGCAUACCCUGCCGCUCGGAUCUUACCUUCUGAAACCCGUGCAGAGAAUCCUCAAAUACCAUCUCUUGCUUCAGAACAUAGUUAAACACUAUGUGUACGAAGGUGAGGGUUACAAGGAUAUUGUGGACGCUUUGUCAGCCAUGACAGGCAUUGCUCAUCACAUCAAUAACAUGAAGAGAAGACACGAGCAUGCAGUUCGUGUGCAAGAGAUUCAGAGUCUCCUGUAUGGUUGGGAGGGCGAGGACCUGACCACAUUUGGAGAACUCUGUGCAGAGGGAGCUUUCCGAAUGUACGGAGCCAAAGCCCUCCGACACGCCUUCCUGUUUGACCGCAUGCUUCUCAUAACCAAGAAGAAGGAAGAGGGGAUUCUUGGCUAUAAAACUCACAUCAUGUGCUCAAAUCUGAUGCUAAUUGAGAGUGUUCCUGGAGAGCCAUUGAGUUUCCAUGUUAUCCCAUUUGACAACCCAAGGCUGCAGUAUACACUGCAGGCACGUAACCUGGAACAGAAACGGGAAUGGACUUUGCAGCUGAAACGUGUAAUCCUGGAGAAUUACAAUGCAGUGAUCCCUUCACAUGCUCGACAGCUUGUUAUGGAACUGGGACAGAAUCGUACAGAUGAUGAGAUAAUGGCUGACAAGUCAACUCCAAAACGUCAGCAUUCUGCACCAGAAUACCUAGAGAAGAGGAAGCAUGAACGGGACAGACGUAAGUCUGAGACGGGUUUGAGGUACCGUCUACGUCGCAGCAGAAAGUCUGAUGUUGGCACCUCGGGAGGUGGCAUUGAGACUUCACCCUUACUGCAAAGACGGGACCGCAGAGCUUCCAGUAGCAGUCGUGAUCGCAGCGAAAGUCGAGAUGAUUCCCGUCGUUCCACUUCACCCCAUGCAAGAAUAAAGGAUCGAUUUGGAAGCUGGAGACGUAAGUCUGAGCCAGGAUGCUACUUAGCUGGGACCUCCAGCAGUAAAAAGUCCCCAAAACUCACUGUUGCAGCAACUAUAGAAAAACAGGAUGUGCAGUCAGAAUUUCAGAAUAGCUUGAAUAGCUUGCAUGAGGACGGUAGCACAGGGGGAAGGAGAGAUAGUUCAUGCAUUGAAACUGAUUCCACCCAUUUGCAUGAUAACAAAUGUGGGGUGACUGCUGAUGACAGUAUUGAUAGUGAGUGUGGUGACAAGAUAGUGACUGGUAGUGAUGUGAAAUGUGAUGAUGGCCGUGAGGAGAGAGAGGAGUGCAAUGAGGGACAAGCAAAAACAUUGGAAGAAAUUGUAAGCCAGCUGCUUAUGCAAAAUCAGGAGUUCCAGAAAAUCUUAAAGAAACAGCAGCGGCACGUUAACUUGCGGCAUCGUCUUACAAACUUUGGUAAUAGUACUUCGUCUGCUGGUGGUGGAAAUCGAGAUGAGACGACAGAUACCGAGAAUGAUGAUGAAGAUGGUAUAUAUGAAACCCUGAGUAUGACUGCCUCAAUUGUAGCACCAUCUAGAGUGGGGGUUGUAUCAGGACAGAGCUAUCGAGCGCACAGAUAUGCCCAUAUGAGAGCAUUGCGCAAUGAGCAGAAAUCUAUUGCAUCCAAGACCCACCAACACGAAUCGGCCCCACUAGAAUCUGAGUAUGUAACUUUAAUGUGCCAUAGAGAAGAUGAAGGUAUAAAUAGAUCUCAAUGUUUAUCUAAUAAUAAGUUUAAAAAGGAAGAGGAUGUGAGUGUGGAAACUGUGGAUCCUCUUCGAGGAUGUUCUGUGAAUAUUUAUUCAAGUAGAGCUGCAGAUGUAAUCAAUAAACAAGAGUGGCUGCAUUGUCACUCAGAUUUAGUUGACGAAAAGAGUGACAGGGAGGAGGGACAAUGUAGUUUAGAUUGGGAUAAGACUCGAGAUAAUUUUGGGAACUAUGACAACCUUCAGCAUAUCUGGGAAAGUGUACGUAGACAGCAGGAGGAAAUCAGAUGUCUGGCAGAGACAGAAGAAGGGAGAACAGAUGGCGACACUGAGGAAAUGUUAAUGAAACUUCGUCGUACCCGAUCUUUCUCCUGUCAAGGAGAAGAUGAUUCCAGACAGCAACGGCAGUGCCUCCCACCUUCCAUGUCUCAAGUGUCUCUGGAUGCCGCAAAUAUUCCCACUCUGCCAGCUGUGUGGUUGAAACAACAGGGUGAACAUUUAGCCACUCCUAAUAAGAAAUCAGGAUCUCUGCCACGUAGUUUUCAGCUAAGCCAUGAUGCUCACUCUCUACCACAUGAAGCAAGCUGCAAGGGAGGAUCUUAUAGGCCUCGGUUAUUAACCCGUGAUGGACGUUCAUGUUCUGACAGGCCUUUUACAAUAGCAUCAGACAAGCCACCAGAGAUCAAUUUUGAAGAUAUUGAGCGUUACAUAGAACAGAGUGAUACAUGUCAUGUCAGGCACAGAUUCCCUCUAAAUGCAGGAGACACAACUGAAGAUGACAGUAUGACAGACUAUACAGCAACUCCAAAUACAAGUCUUAAUGAAUUAAAUGUCCAUCCUGAAUAUAAGAUCUACAGGCCGAGUGUUUCAAAAGCAUCUCUCAAACAUGUGAUCUCAAGUGUGAGUAACAAGCUUGCUGGGAUGAGAAUGAGUUCCGAGACUUUAGAGUCAAAUGAUGGUGAGGUGGAACAAGAACGGCUUCUUCAGAGAGAGCGACGAGCAAGUAGACUGGUGUAUGCCCUGGCAAGGCAGUAUAGUAAGACCUUGAAACAACGAAUACGCAACAUCAUGGGUGAGGAUUCUACGGAAGAAUACUAUGACGUGGUCCAACAUCGAACUCCGUCACCUGUACAGACUAUGUCUGCUCCUGCAUUGCCCAUUUACAAGCAAGGAAGUUCAAGUCUUGGAGCUCGCAUUGCUCAUUGCUCCUCAGAAUAUGCAAAUCCACGACAGCUAUACCCAAACAUCGCACCACCCCCUGAAUCCACACACAAAACAUCAGAUAUGCGACCUGACUCUGUCCUUUCAGUUUCAUCCAACUUCACAGCCUCUUCUAGUGAAGGGGAAAAAACCUCUGGUUUCAGUGGAAGUUUAGAUAUAUCUAUCCCAAUCUCUGUUUCUUCCAGUACCGUUGCACCUUAUAAUGAUCCCCAUGAAUCUGUUCAGGAGAAGACUGAUGAUGUUAAUCUGAGUGAUGGCUCUGCUGAUAGCUUUUAUGAACGUUCCUUUGAAGCUAUAGAGCCGUUUCUGGAAAAUGAAAUGUUCAGAGAUUCUGCAGUAUUCAGUGAUCAUGAAGAACUGACAGAUUCUCCUCUCGCCUCUAAAGACUUCAGCACAGUUAAUGCAAAUGAUGACAAGGUCCUACCACCUAGGCCUACUAAAAACCAUAAAAUUCCACCACCGGUCCCUGCGAAGCCAGAUAUACUGAAGAGCAAACCCAUAGUCCAAGUAUCAGGAUCUAAACCAGGUAUUUUUGAGAAGGUAAAGAGUUUAGAAGAGAACUGUAGGUACCAGAAAGAAGAUCAUCUGGUGCGUAAUCUUGAGGGUAUCAGUAAAUCUAUCCAUGAUCGUCGCCGAGAGCUGGAGCUGUGGAAGGCAAGUGGUAACUCCUUGUCUCGUGAUGAUGAAUGUGACACUAGUUCCCAACAUUCCACUGCCUCUACUGUCAUUGAAAUUAGCCCUUGUAAGGACUCAUAUGAUUUUGCUGAAGGAUCAGAGGAAAAUGGCACUCCUAGGGGAUGGGUCAAACAUGUAAUAGGCAAGUUACAAGGGAGUCCCAAUGAAGAUCUACGGCAAAGAGAUCAGUGUCAAUAAGAAUUCCUGGUUGAAUUUCUUCAAAAUUCAGGCAGUCAUAAAAUUCCAAGUUUUAACUGUACAUAUUUUCCUUUUUCAAAACCUAGUAUAGGGCUCAGUUUAUGAAACUGAUGAUAAUUUGAACCUAUUUGGUUGUUUCAAAUUAUUGUUUAUAUGUGAUGUAUUAUAGGUUAUAAUUGUGUUCCAUUUUUCGUUUGUUUAUAUAUUAAACUUUUUUUAAUAAAAAGUAAGGAUAAUUAUACUGCUGUAGUUGGCAACAGUAAGAUUAAAUCAAGUUUUAUAGAAGCACAAAAUAAGAAGAGAAAAUGAACAAUUAGAUUGAGUAUGUAACAACUUAUUAAGUUUAAGAAAGACUGAGAAUAAUUUGUUGAUGGCAAGAAGAUUAUUUCCUUGCUUACACUGAGAAAUUGAAUAUCUGUGACAAUAAUUAAACUUCCAAUCACUGAUAUGGAAGAAAGUAAAUGGAACAAUAAAAUGUUGCCUCCAUACCAUGUAGUGUUUUGAAACCCUUACAUUUUAUAUCCAAGAAGCUAGUUAUAUGAAUGUUGUUACAUGCUCUAUGAAACAUCUUAGAGUAGGCAACACCUUUUAAAACUUACAUUUUAGGACAGAGUUUUAAAUUUUAUCAAGUUAAACAGUCAAAGAAUACUGUGGCAGUUUGCAAGUAGCUGUGAUUAAAACUGACUGUCACACAUUAAGGUAAGCAGAACUAGUCGUGUUCUAUAGUUGAUGAUUAAGACAGCAAUAAAAUACAAUUGCAUGCUACAUAUUUUUUAAUAAAGUGUGGCAGUUUGGUUUACACUAUUUAUAAAUAUGCAUUCUGCCAUGUUGCUGUACCUUGGUGUAAGUGUAUAAAAAUUAAGACCAUCUCUUCAGGUAUAUAUUUAUCAAGGAAAGUAGAUAUCAGUCAUUUAAAAUUGUACAUGUAACAGUCCUAUUAAAAGUAUUAAUUUUAUUUGCAAACCACUAGAAAUUUUCAUGUGAUUAGUGGUCUCUCUUAACCUAAAACACGACUGCAGUCAUUCUUAACCUGAAACAAUCUAAAUAUACUAUUGGAUGUUAUCACAAAACACAUUAAGUACAGACACAAUAUUGCAUUUGUUACAAUGCAACAUGGUGAAUUUAUUUAUAAUUCAAAUAUUAUAUAUUCUAUUUGUGAUAAAUAUAACUUUACAAUAUA